AUGGACCUCCAUGUCAAGUAUCCAGAUGGAGCAGAAUGUAUUCCAGCUGAACCAGGGAGAGACUCUUGCCUGGCAGCCAUGAUCUGCAUCCUUUUUCAUAUGCUUGGCCUCCUCACUGGGUUCAUUGGUAUGAUCUUGACCUGGGUCGUCACCUUCAUGCCUCAGUGGAGAUUGGUUGUCUUGGCUGAGAACAACGGUCUGGUCAUCCCAGGUGGCCGCAUUGACGGCGAGUGGAUCAGCCGAUGGGACGGCUUGUGGCUUACGUGUCUGAAGCAACCGCGGAUAGAGCUGUAUUGUAACAGCUAUGGCUCCCAGGUGUCCCUGACCUCCGACCUAAGAGCAGCCAGGAUAUUGAUGAGUUUUGCCACUGGCAUAGCCGUCUUAGCCUUCAUAUUUGGCAUCGUUGGCUUUGUGCUUACUCAGUGCUGCCGAUCCUGCGACAAGAAAGGAAGUGACCGCAACUGCUUCACCUUGGCCGCUGGACUAUUGUUCAUCCUUAGCGCAAUUCUUGUCCUCAUUCCCGUCAUCUGGACCACGGUCUACAUUGCUCACCGUGCCUAUGAUGCUGCAUUCACCAGGCAGGCAGUGCGCAUCGAGAUAGGAGACGCUCUGAUGGUAGCGUGGCCCAAUAUCGCCUUCCUCCUCGGAGGGGGCAUCGUACUGACCUUCCUCUGCUGCUUCUGCACCCUGAGCACUUGCUGCACCAAUGAUCCCUGUGAAGAACGGGCCUCGUGCCAGCAGCCAGAAGUUAAACCGGAGCGAGCGAGCUGUAGCCCCCGCAUGGAGUACCUAUGA